AUGAAUAGAGCAGCCCACUAUGACUGGAAAGGCAAUUUUGACAUCAACGUACGUUUUUUAAGAAAAAUGGGUCUAUGGCCAGAGGGCGACGGAACUUACAAACCAGGCCUCUACACACUUUAUGCCGCAUUCAUGGUAACUUUAUUCCCCACAAGCCACAUUUUAUCAGAACUUAUUGAUAUUUACUUCGUCCGUGAUAACCUGGAAGCUGUGGUAGGAAUAAUCUACGUAACUCUCAUAGAAAUAAUGGCAUGGAUUAAAGUUUACUUCGUCAUAACUAGAAUACAAGUCCUUAAAGAACGAAUGGAAAAUUUAAAAGCUGACUGGUUUCAGCCAAAAGAUCGAGACCAACUUUUGAUGAUCGAACCGAGUAUCAACUUUUGGAAAAUUGUCUACAAGAUACUGUUAGUGGCUUGUUUCGCUUGUAACUUUUUUUGGUUGAUACCACUUUUAACCCGGCGAAGUGGCGAUAAAAAUUUACCUUUUCUGGUUUGGUAUCCAUUUGAUUGCAGCAAAUCACCGUAUUUUGACAUAAUGUACGUUUAUCAAAUUUGCAGCACUAGUUAUUGUACACUAGUUCACACGAAUGUGGAUACUUUGAUAUCUGGUUUCAAUGUGUAUAUUGGUUGUCAAUUGGAUAUGUUGAGCGAUAAUCUGAGAGACAUGGAAAAGUGUGGCAACGGCAAAUUUAAUGUUGGAGAUGAUUUGAUAAACUGUAUUAUCUACCAUAAACAAAUUUUGAGUUUUAUUGAUGGUUGCAACCAGUUUUUCAAUGUAAUUCUUUUUUGGCAUUUGAUAAUCAGUGGAGUAACGAUUGGGAUAACAAUGUUUCAGCUAACUUUAGUGAAGCCAAUGUCCAGCGAAUUUUUUUCAAUUCUUUGGUACGGUUUUUCGAUAACUGUACAAAUUUUUAUGUACUGCUGGUUUGGAAAUGAAGUAGAAGUCAAGAGCAACCUUGUAUCUUACGCAGCUUUUGAAUCUGACUGGACAAGCUUACCAAAUGAUGUCAAAAGGAGUCUUAUGAUAUUUACACAAAAGUUGAUAGAACCUUUAAGAAUAUCAGUUUUUAAUUUAUUUGAUCUAUCCUUGGAAACAUUUAAAAGAAUCAUGAAAACAGCGUGGUCAUAUUUUACGUUAUUGACACAAUUAAAUAGUAGCUAA